AAUUCAAGAGGCGCGCUGCCCCGACCCGACUUCAUAAUUAGCGAUUAGCGGGCAAGGUUGGCCGUCCGGGGCAGGGCGCCGCCACGCCGCCAGACAUGUUCGCCGGGCUCGUCCGUACCACGAGCGUGAUGAAGGAGAAGAGCAAGAACGCGGCCCGCAGCCGGCGCGAGAAGGAGAACGCCGAGUUCCUGGAGCUGGCCAAGCUGCUGCCGCUGCCCGCCGCCAUCACCUCGCAGCUCGACAAGGCCUCCAUCAUCCGCCUCACCACCAGCUACCUCAAAAUGCGACACGUCUUCCCCGACGGUCUCGGCGACGCGUGGGGAGCGGCGCCGCCGCCGGCGAAUCCGCGUGAGUCCUGCAUCAAGGAGCUGGGUUCGCACCUCCUGCAGACCCUGGAUGGCUUCAUCUUCGUGGUGGCGCCCGACGGCAAGAUCAUGUACAUCUCCGAGACGGCGUCCGUGCACCUCGGCCUCUCCCAGGUGGAGCUGACGGGCAACAGCAUCUACGAGUACAUACACCCGGGAGACCACGAGGAGAUGACCUCCGUCCUCAGCAGCGCGCAGCCCGUCUUCACGCAUAACCCGCUGGUGCACGAAUUCGAACUCGAACGAGCGUUCUUUUUGCGAAUGAAGUGCGUCCUGGCCAAGAGGAAUGCCGGCCUCACGACGGGAGGCUACAAGGUGAUCCACUGCUCGGGCUACCUGAAGGUGAAGCAGUUCACUCUGGAGUCUUCCCCGUACGACAGCUGCUACCAGAACGUGGGGCUCGUCGCGGUGGGCCACUCGCUGCCCCCCAGCGCCAUCACCGAGAUCAAGCUGCACUGCAACAUGUUCAUGUUCCGCGCCAGCCUCGACCUCAAGCUCAUCUUCCUCGACGCCAGGGUGGCGCAGCUGACGGGCUACGAACCGCAGGACCUGAUCGAGAAGACGCUGUACCAGUAUAUCCACGGCUGCGACAUGAUGCACAUGCGAUACGCACACCAUACGCUUUUGUUCAAGGGUCAAGUAACGACGAAAUACUACCGGUUUCUGACGAAGGAUGGUGGUUGGGUGUGGAUGCAGAGCUACGCCACGAUCGUCCACAAUAGCCGAUCCUCGCGGCCUCAUUGCGUCGUCAGCGUCAACUACGUGCUCAGCGAGCAGGAGGCGAAGGAGCUGGUGCUGAACGUAGAGCAGAUCGCGGGCCGCGAGGAGCUGGGGUCUGAGGGCCCGCCGGCCAAGGCGCGCUCGCCCGUGCGGCAGGCCAAGUUCCGGCCGCUGGCGGCGCCGGCCGCCGCGCCCGCGCCCGACGACGACUACAGCGACUCGUCGAGCGGCGCGCUCGCCGGCUACGCGGCAGACUACGUGGGGCCGCCCCCGCAGUACCCCGCGGCCGGCGGCUACGAGGAGCCCGCCUUCUACUCCGAGCUGUUCUACCCGUACGCCGAGCCGGCGGCGGCGCCCGCCUCCGUCCCCGCGGCCGGCACGCCCCCGCAGCUGGGCCUGGUGCAGCCGCAGCAGCGGCCGUUCAGCUCGUCGUCCAGCAGCUGCAGCAGCUCGGAGAGCGACGUGCAGCCGCCGGCCUUCUGCAUGCCGCUGCACGGGCCCGCCGCGCCCCAGCAGCCGCAGUUCGGCCUCGCCUGCAGCUUCGGCGACGGCCAGCAGGGCGGCGGCCAGCCCUACCACCACCACCACCACCAUCACCACCACCACCACCACCAGCAGCAGGCGGCGCUGGCACAGCCCGGCUACACCAGCGUCAUCGUCGACACGCAGCAGUACCAGCUGGCCAACGAGUACGUCCGCUGACUGGCGCGCGACGCGGAAACCGCCGCCGGCGGUCGCACUGACGCUGCCCGGGAAUGGCAGUGAGGACCCUGCCGCUCCGCUAGAGGCCGCCCCGUCGCCGGCGUCGGCGCGCCUCGACUCCGCGGCUGACGGUGGCGCCGCACCUCUUCCCCAGACGCACCCCGGCCCCGGACAUUCGGGAACGGGACGACUUGCGGCCAGACCUCGCUAGUGCGCUAGACGGAACGCGCGAAGAGAGGAGCCACGCCGUUCGACACUUCAGGUUUCCGACGAGUGAGACUGCGAUUCUCCAUCCUCACUGUACCCUACUGCUCUCUGAUGACGUGUUUCCCCACAACUGACAACUGUAACCGUCAGAGAAGCACCUUCGUCUGCUAAAUCGAGUAUCUUAUUUUUGUCUUCAGGUAUGGACGUGCGGAAAUCGUCGGAGUGUGGCGUCGGAGGUUCUCCGUUACGUCUCGAAUGUACGUCGAUAAGAAGCUUCGGCUUCUGUGAGUUUUGAUUUGUGCGAGAACGAAUAGUAACAGUCUAAAGCGCAAUUUCUUUUACUUCUGUUUCCUGGUGACCAGUUUCGGUUAUCAUAACCGUCAUGUGUUUGUAUUUUCGUAAUUGUGGACAGAAGAUGGUUACGGUAACUGAAGAUGUUUACCACCUAUAAAAGUAAAAGAAAUUAUCAUUUAGACUGUCACUAUUUUUGUAUGUGAGUAACAUUUUGGGAAGUGCGGGGCUGUACUGAUGGGAUCUCGUAGCCCUGGCUGGUAUGCCACGCCUGGAUUGCACCACCCCCCACUCUCACACUUCUUGUCUCCUUUAUGAUUCUCCUGAAAAAUUACUCUUUUUGCAAUACAGGGUUGCCAGCUCAGAGGAACCUCAUCCUGCCUACAACACCCCCCCCCCCCCCCGCCACAACCACCUCCACCUCUACCAUCGCUAUAGUACACAGCAUCCAUAGACACAGCAACAGGCAACCCUCAUAAUUAAUUAACUGGCUGCAAAAGUACAUAUCCUCGACUCUUAUUUGCUCAGCAAAUGCUACCAAUCUAAUGCUUAAUCCUGAGAAACUUGUUUGCUCCUUAUUUUUACGACAGUCUUUUGUCACCCCACUUUACCUGAAUCCUCGACACUGGCCGAGCACUUUUCUCCCCGGUACGGCCCUGGAAGAAUGUAUCGCUAGAUACUUCCGGCCUAGGUACGGGUAGCUAUCCGUAAUACUGGCCAGAUCCUGCAGAACUACUAGAUAUGUCGUGUGAAGCCAUUGUAGCAGACGUCUUGCCACCUGUCGAAAUAUCGGUGCUAAUAUUCACUUCACUAAAUGAAACUUUGAAGUAAUAUUCUUAUGCACUGUGGUAGUGUACCUCAGAAUGUGAAAAGGUGGUUUAUAAGAAACUGACUGUUAAUACAGGUAUCAGUGGAAUAACUUUCAAUUCUUUUGUACUUUACAAAAGAAAUUUAAAAAAAAAAACCUUUUUGGUCUGAGCUAAGAAAUGGAACUAUUUCAGUGUGUCGAAACCACAAUCUCUCUGCAAACUGUCAACUUGCGGUUGUGAUAUUAGUGGAGGUCCUCGACUGAGGUGGGAUAUUUUAUAGUGGAAAUUGUGCAGUAACUGUCAAAGCAGUCAAAACUUUUAAUAGUGCUGCCCAGUACUGACUAAACAAUGUGUGCGUAGUGUAUAUUGUCGUAUGCCGUUGGAAAAUUGUGUGAUAAACUACAGAUAAAACUUUGGUAACAUGCCUGUGAUCAAUAGCUGUGCAGGUUUCUUCUUAAAGAGGCAGAAAGGUUGUUAAAUGAGGACAUGAGCAAUUCUUUUCAGUUACAAUGACUGUUACUUAUAAAAUAACAAAGUGGAACCUUCAAAUCCAAUGCUGUGUUCCACUGUAAUCUGCAUUUUUAAAAUGGUUACAACUGAGUGGCCCAAAAGAUGAAAUUUUCUUCAAAUGUAUUUUUGUAAUGAUAAGAAAGUGUGUGUGCCAAUUAAAAUAAUUAGUUGACUGUAUCAUGGAAAUCUGUUGUAGUGAGUUAUGGUGAAGAUAAACUAUAUUGUAUAUCUCAGUCAUAAGUUGUUUACUUUCCAAGAAACUGUGGAAUUACAGUGAAGUAUUCAGACACAGAUCUCAGAUUUAAUGAAAUUAUUAUAUUGUUAGAAAAUUACUUAAAAGCCUGUCUAUCAAGAUCACAUCUUCACACCUUUCUGGAAGUUGUUUUGGCCUUUAUAUUCGAAGUAUAUGAAGUAGUCAUCAUUAAAAUGUGAAGGAAUUGUAGUGCAAGCAUCACUGUGGAAACUUGACACUGAUUAAUGGGCUUUCAGAACUGAAAGUUAUCUUUUAGGUACUGCUAAAAGGAGGAUGUGAAAAUAGGGGGAAAAUGGUACAGAUGUAAAAAGAAAGAAUAGAAACCUCUUUGUCAACAGAGGCAGCUUGAAUGGAACCCAUUUCAGUAGAGUUCCAGAGACAAGAUCUUAAUUUGCCGUUUUUAGCUUAUUCUUACAUUGUGAUGUACUAACAUCCUGUGAAUGUGUACUUUUUCUUUUGAAUUUUACGUGUUACAUACUUAAUUACUCUCUUAUCUUAAUUUCAACCUCUUGACAUAAUAUCGGACAACUUAGGCUUGAGUGUACAAUUUCUUUCAUCACUUUUCUGUGUUGUUGCCCUGAUUCACAUGAAAGAAACAUUUGCUUCUGAAAGUUCAGCAUUCAGUGUUUUAGCCCUAUAAUUUUAAAGAACACAUACAAUGCAUCUAUCACAGUUUAGUACUAAUAUUUCAAAUUUCUCUGUUAUUUUCAAAUUAUAUUUGUGUUUUCUACAGUAACUAAAAGUUGUUGAUGGAAUAAAAUUAAUGAAAUGAGUCUGAAGCAAUCAUAUGGUGGAUAUGUUGAGCAGAGAGUAAUAGCAUGGAAAAGAAACUGAAAUUUAUAUAUCAGCCAUUGAACUUGUACACUUCUACGUAUCAUUCUCGUGUGCCUAUCUCCUGUUCAGCAUCUCCAUUACAAAGUGAGUGAUUGUUAUUUCAUAUUUUGUUAUGUAUAUUUUAUAUUCCAUUAGCACUGAUGUUAAAGAUGCCAAUAUGAACCUAAAUAAAAAAAGAAUGAUACAUUGAAGAGAACAUAAUGUCUAUAGGAUCAUGAAACUCUUGUGUGUGAUUUUUUCAUUAUUAUUUCAAACAUAAUUACUGCUCAUUGUAUGCUACUUUCAUGCACGUCUCAACAGAAGAGAAAUACUGAAAUCAGAUACAGAUCUUCCAGCCACUUGGAGAGGUGUGUAGGUACUGAUCACAGUUGUCAAACAUUCAUUUUGUGUAGGCAUUAUGUUAAACAGAAAUCACUUCCCAUUGGCCUCCAUGUGAAACUAAGUAUGAUUAAUGUCAAAGUGUAAUUGUUUUUCAUUUUAGCCAAAUAUAGGUCAACUUCACAUGCAAUUAGUCAAUUGACAUACACAGUAUGCUAGGAAAAUCUGAAACAAUUUUUUGUUGUUUCUAACAAAUGCUUGUUAACAUAAAAACAGGUUUCCCAUUUUAUAAUUGAGAUGCAACAAAAUGCAAAAGUUUCAGUUAGUUCUUGCAACAACAACAAAAAAUUAUCAGAUACAGCAUUUGUGUAAAAGGAAGUUUAAAUAUUUUUUCAUAUUGUAUCAAAUAACACUGAAUAGUUUUAUAUCGUAAGGAAAGUAAUUAAGGUAUGAGUAAUGGCUGUACUAGUCCCAAAGAAUACCUGUAUUCAUCAUUGUUCAAAACUGUACAGAUUGUAGAGUGCAUCCAUGUAAAUAAACAGCUAUGUAAUAAAAAGAUAAAUAGAUGAGAAUGUUAUACAAAAUCAUCAUAACCAGUUUAAAAUACAGUGUAAAUUCAUUUUGGAGUGCAUACAAUACUACAUGUACAUAUUUAUGUUUUUCAUAAAAUUAUGCUCGUCAAGACCAAAGAAUGUUAGACUUUAUGUGGUUAGUUAUUGAUAAAACUGAUGAUACCCAUAGCAGGAAGUUUCAGUUAAAAAUAUGUAACAUGAAACUAUAAUAAAAAUGGAAAAUACUUGUAUACCAUAGUACUAAAAUUGGUUAACAGCUUCUGUGGAAGGUAAUAAUGGAAAUAUAUUUCAGAACUCCUAUGUUCUGUAGAAUUGUGAUAAAUACUGUAACGUCUUCCAGAUUAAAAGAAAGCAAAUGAUUUUGUAGGCAAAAUUAAAUGUAUAUUAUGAAGAAAAAAAUUUUUGUACAAUAUUGCCAUCAGUUUUUGCUGCAAGAGACAUGCUCUUGCCAGAAAGUAUAUAUAGAAGACUUUAUAUUAGAGUAACACAAAUUAAUUUUUUUUAUGUGAAUGCACUUUAAAUUCAUGGACCAAACUUCUGUUGAUCACAUUGAAAUAUGCUACAAAACUGUAUUUCCAACAUGACCAAAUUCUUUCUGAAUGAAGAAAUAGUUUAAACUGUUUUAAUUGAUUUGAUACAGCUCACAAAAAUGAAAGUGUUUCCCUAAAAUACAGUAACCCAUGAAGUUGCUUUGAAAUUUAUUUUCUGCAAAUCACCUCAGCUGUGCCAGCUUGAUAAUAAGAAACAAUUGGCCUGUUCCCAUGUAGCUUCUGUAGUUCAACUUGGAUCAAGAAAUUUGUUUAGAAAGUGAGGAAUUAUUUAUAAUGGUUAAUUGAAAUUCAUUCAUCAUUUCUGUAUCCACCACUAUAAUUUUAAGCUGAUAUGGUGAUCUGAAAUAUAUGAUCAGUGCCUCCAUUUAUGCAAAUAUCAUGAUAUCAUUUGUAUUCAAAUGUCGAGCUUAUUUUAAAAUGUUGGUUCACAGAAGUUUAUCACUACAGAAGGCAAUAGCUAACAUAUUUCUCAAACUGAAUAAAGGACAGUUCCUGUGAUCAGAUUUUCUUAUAAUCAAACAACUUGAUAUUAAAGUUGACUGGGACCUGUUGUUAUUGUAAGUAAUUAUUUUGUAAAUAAAGUAUUCUGAUUAGUUG